GCUCUGUGCUGCCGGUCAUAACAUUUUACAUAAAUGAAUAUAAAACUAACUUUCUAUUGAUUUUAGUGUGUGUUAUUCAUUUUUAAUUAAUAUUGUAUCAUGUCGAACCCAGAUAAUAUGGACAAUAAUGCGACUGAAGAUUCAAAUCAGUAUGUCGAAAAUGGAACAAAUAAGCUAAAUGUUAAAUGUAAAUUUUGCGGUUCCAAAAUAUUGGACAAAAAUUCUGGGAAAUAUAUGAAACUAGAGAAAGAUCUACCUCUAAUGCAGCAAGACACAAGAAAAGAUGCAGGAAUUCAGAGUGAAAAAGUAAACGAAUUCUACCAUGUUGAAAAUAUGUAUACUUUCGAAAACAUAGGGUUUACACACACUGUGGAUAAUUACAAAUAUUUAAGCUGUGCAGAUUGUGAUGCAGGUCCUGUGGGAUACUAUGACAUGAACACUAAGCAUAGUUAUGUUGCAUUAACUAGGGUAAAUCAUGAAUAAGAUAGUUUAUGACAAUUAAUUAAUCGAGAUUUGCUUAUUUUUCUUUAAGAAACAAAAUACAAUUGGAAUGGAUACUGCACAGAUUAUAUAUUGCAUGUAUUCUAGGUUCCAAUUAUAAAAAUAAAUAUUUUCAAAAAAUAUAAAUAUUUAAGGAGUCAUUUUAUAAUUUUUUUAAUUUAUAUAAUUUAGCAAAUACUUCAUAAAAGUAUUAUACUUUUGCUGCUAUAUUUUUUUAGUGUUGUUUAAUGUUUUUGCUCAUUUGUCAUUCCAAAAAAUGUAAAGCUUUUUUUAUACAGUGUAAGAAUGAGAUAAGUAUAAAUAUUAUUUAUAGAAGUGAAUCCUAAAUGCAAUACAUUGUAUAAGAAUGCAUAAUAUUUAUUUAAAAAAAAUUGUACAUAAUAAUGACUUUCCAACAAUCUAUAUGCAAAUCCUAAAGAAUAUAAAUAAGGUCCUCCAGAUCAAUUUCGGACACAGCGGUCAAUCUCAAGAGAGAUUAGCGAAUAACACAGGACAUAUCAUAGUGCACAAGUGUGUGUGCAAAGUCAGGUCCACUCUCUAUUCCCUAACUCCUAUAAUCCAAUGAGACAGCAAUCCAACAUGACUGGAAAGAGCUCAGGCAAAAAACCAACGGCUUAACGUGCUUUCCGAGGCGCGGGAGUGUACACACUUCCAGACUCCGGGCUGCUAUUGAGAAUUUUCGACAGAAAAACCCAAUAAUUUUUUAUUGGCCCAACCUGGGAUUUGUACCCAAAACCUCUGGGCCUUACAUCUAGCCACUAGACGAUUCAAUUUUUUCUUUUUUUUUAAAUAUAAAUAUAAUGACGGCUUAAUAUUAAAAUAUAUAAUUAAUUUCAUAAGUCAAGUGUCUAUGUCAGAUCAAUAAAUAAUAUACUUAGAAAGUUAUAUAAUGUCAACAACUAUAAGCAUGAUAUUUUGAUAUAUUUUAUUUAAAAAAAAAAAUUACAAUUUCUGUAAAACAAGUGAAACAAUUUUUCCAAAGACAAACCUGAAAUGUAUUUUACAAAUCACUUUCUAUGUUAAAACUACAAAUUACUAUUUUAAUUGUCCACAAAUUAAACAUUUUGGAUGUUUUAAUGUUUUGGCACGGAUAACAGUCACUAUGUAGAAAAAAUAUAAUGGUCACAAUCUUAUUUUAUUAAUUAAAAAAAAAAUGUAGUGACAUUUCAUAUUUCUGCAAGAAAAUAACUUUGAAAUUAUUUGUAACGUUGAAAACUUUGAGACUUUUUAUUAUUAAUGAGCUUGCAUA